CCAUCGAUAUGCCUCAAACAACCUUACAUCGGGACCUGUCAUCGAUUGUUUGGUUACUAUUACUACAACCCUAACACACAGGUGUGCGUAAGCCUGCCAUCCGGCACAUGCGCUGCAGGCUCAAAUUUGUUCUCCUCACUGAAGCUCUGUCAGAAAACAUGUAUCCCCAUGACACUGAAGCAUGCAAAGAAGUGCCUCAGGCUUCCUGUCGAAGGCCCGUGCGGCCCUGAAGUGGUUUCUUGGUAUUACGAUUACGGAGGUAAAGAAUGCAAGAUGUUCAACCGUACCAUCUGUGGUGGCCACGGGAAUGACUUCGUGACUGAAACCAAGUGUCAACACAUUUGUCUGCAUACCAGCAGGCCUGUUUGCAGCUUGCCGCCAAAAGCAGGACCAUGCUAUGGCAGUUCACUACACUGGCACUUUAACGACCGCGGAAACAGAUGCGAAGAAUUUCCACGGAACCUUUGCGGUAAAAAUCAUAAUGCGUUUGCUUCGAGCCACAAGUGCAUGCAAAGGUGCAGCUAUAUGAAAGCAGCAAGUGGAUCAAUACGUAAUGAGCACUCGCCGACAAGGAAUGCAAUAGACAAGAUAAGCGGUUUCAAACACCUCGCAACUACAUCCUGAUCGAGAUGAUAGAAGGUGUGCAUUCAAACAGUCUCUGUUAAGAACAAAUAGCGUUACAGUAUGCCAAAACUGGAAAUUAAAAUAUUCACU